AUGCAAAAAAUACCCUUGUUCAAAUCACCUUCCGAAGUAUACGGAUCUUUCCAUGGUAGAAUUUUCGUCAUACCAGUGCUGCAUAAACCUCCAUGGUUCUUCGUAAAUUAUCACAAUGAAACCACUAUCGAAGUCGAAGGAGGUCGUGACGAUAAACUGAUAUCGUUUGUCGCCAAUAAAUUAAAUUUCAGAUGCGAGUAUAUUGAUCCACCGGAUAGAAAUCAAGGAUCUUCUGUCAUCAAUGGAACAAUGCAAGGUGCUCUGGGUUUGGUGGCUAGUAGGGAAGCUGAUUUUUUCAUCGGUGACUUGACUGUUACAUAUGAACGAAGUCAAGCAGUGGAAUUUUCUUUUUUAACCUUGGUUGACAGCGAAUUAUUUCUCACUCAUAGUCCUGGUCUGUUGAAUGAAGCAUUAGCUCUUAUUAGACCAUUUCACUGGAUUGUCUGGCCAGCUUUGCUAAUCACUCUAUUGAUAUCGGGUCCGGUAUUGUUUUUGUUCGUGAUGGCAUCUAACUCGCAGAAUCAUCGUCAUGAAAAAAAGACCAAAGUAUUCGGUGACUGUGUAUGGAUUACGUUUACAAUAUUUCUUCAACAAGCAAUUCGUUUCAAAUCGAAUAAUCAAAAGGUUCGUUUCAUUUUCAUAUUAUUCAGCCUGUCUUUAACUUAUGUAAUAGGAGAUAUGUACUCGGCUAAUUUAACUUCCUUAUUUGCGCGACCUUCUCGAGAGCAUUCGAUUUCAACACUCGAAGAAUUAAUAGAAGCCAUGACCAACGACCAAUAUCAACUUCUGGUCGAAGAAAACAGUGCUUCUCAUGCGAAUUUAGAAAAUGGUACUGGAAUGUACAAAACAAUAUGGUCGUUAAUGACAAAACAAAGAAAAUAUUUCAUCGAAUCGACAGAAGCUGGCAUGAAUUUGAUCAGAGAUAGAAAAAAGUACGCGAUAAUCGGCGGACGAGAAACUUUUUAUUACGAUACUCAUCGAUUUGGUGCAGAAAAUUUCCACUUGAGCCAAAAACUAAGCACUCGGUAUUCAGCAAUUGCUUUUCAAAUCGGAUGCCCAUACUUGGACAUUUUUAACACAGUACUCAUGAGAUUAUUCGAAGGUGGCAUUUACUCUAAAAUAACCGAAGAAGAAUAUCAAAAACUGCGUCAGAAACAAGCCGGUGCCACAGAUAAUAAAAUUGUCUCCGAAGGAGCGAAUGGAAUCGAAGAAAAUGAAAAUCGCCUGAAAGCGAUGAGCAUGAAAACACUCCAAGGAGCAUUUUAUAUCUUAAUCAUUGGCUAUAUUCUGUCUGCUUUGAAUAUGUGUCUAGCACUUCAACUGAAACAACAAAUACCUAGGAGGAGGAAGAAACCUCCAACUGUCCUAUAUACAGCACUAUUCGCCGCCGAAUGAGACUAAUUAUCGUAUUUCGGUAUUUUUACUACUAUGUAACAAUUUUCUAUUUUUUAUAAUUAUUUUUUUGUCUUCAAUUAACUUUAUGACGCGAACAUUUUUUUUCAAUUGAUUUACAA